AUGGCUGCGCUCCGGCUGGCCCUGGCCCUGCUGCCCUGCGCCCUGGAAGGCAAGCUGUUGAGCACAGUCGUCCUGCCGCAUGGGGACUUCGCCUACGACCCCAGUUUGGUGAACCGCUCUGGCGGCUCCGUGGAGCUCCAUGCGGCAGCCUUGAAGCUGGGGCGCGCCGUCUCGCAAGCGGCCCCGGAGCUGCUCUUUGUGACGACGCCUCAUGGACUCGAGCUGUCCAAGGAGUACCUCGUGUACCUCAACAGCCACAACGCUGGAGCGUCGCCUCUCGACGACAUGCCGCAUGCUGCCGGGAACAGGACCGUUCCGAUGAACUUCAGCAGCCCGCAAGACGUCGCCAAACGUCUGCUCGGGCAUUUGCAGGCGCAGCAGCUGCCAGUUGAGGGCCUGCAAGGCUUCUCCGACGCCCUGCCGCUGCCGAUUUCUUGGGGCGAGAUCCUGCCCCUGAGCUUUGUACGCAAGGCGCGCGAGGAGGAGGGCCUGGAGCUGCCACCCGUGUUGCUCAUGUCCUUUCCCUUGCGGCGGUUCAACCACUCGGACACCAUGGUCCCCGAGCCGUGCGUGCAAUGA